CAUUACGUUCUUGACUUCCAUUGAAUACGUAUAUGCACGUGUUCGUGCAGUUGAUGGUAACGAUAUAUCAAAGAUAUGUGAUCUUAAAUAUUUUGAAGAGAAAAGAUUAAAGAUUUAAUACGUAUUUAAUUAAUCAUCGCGUAUUUAUAGAAUAUUUCUUUCAUUUAGUCGGCAUAAAUUACUUCAGUAAAAUUUUAGAGUAUUUCAGAGAAACAAAAUGACAGCUAUUGCACCACCAAAGCCUCCCGGUAUACCAUCUGUACAAGAAUUCAGCAUAAGAGUACCCAAGAAUAGUAAAAAGAAGCAUAAUGUGAUGCGUUUCAAUGCAACAUUAAAUGUUGACUUUUCCAAAUGGAAACAAGUAAAAAUGGAACGUGAAAAUAAUAUGAAAGAGUAUAAAGGGGUGGAGGAAGAGAUGCCAAAGUUUGGUGCAGGAUCCGAAUUUGGACGAGACGCGAGAGAGGAAGCUAGGAGAAAAAAAUUUGGUAUUACGAGUCGGAAAUAUAAACCGGAAGAUCAACCAUGGAUUCUUAAGUCUGGUGGAAAGACUGGGAAAAAAUUUAAAGGCAUACGAGAAGGUGGUAUCAGUGAAAAUGCUGCAUAUUAUGUAUUUACGCAUGCUGCCGAUGGUGCUAUUGAAGCUUUUCCAUUACACGAGUGGUACAAUUUUCAACCUAUCCAAAGAUAUAAGGCUCUUAGUGCGGAAGAAGCAGAACAGGAGUUCAGUCGUAGAAACAAAGUAAUGAAUUAUUUUUCAUUGAUGUUGCGUAAAAGAUUGAGGAACGACGAAGAAGGCGGAGACGAAGAGGAAUUAAUAGACGGUGGUAAAGGUAAAAAAUCUGGUAAGAAGGAUAAAGAUUUAAAAAUAUCAGAAAUGGAUGAGUGGAUAGACAGUGACGAUGAUGAUUCGUUAAGUGACGAACAAAGCAGAAAAGGUUCUGAAGAUGAAGACAAUACGAAGAAGAAAAAAAAAGGAAAAUUGGAAGUACAAAAAAAGAAGAAGAAGAAAAAUACAUCGGACGAUGAAGCAUUUGAAGAAAGUGACGAUGGUGAUGAGGAAGGAAGAGAAUGCGAUUACAUUUCUGAUUCGUCUGAUUCCGAGUCCGAAUUGGAACAACAAAAGGAGAUUAAAUCUGUAGCAGAAGAGGAUGCUUUAAGAAAAUUGCUUGCAUCUGACGAAGAUGAAGAGGAUGAGGAACAAGCAGAUAAAAAAGAAGGGGAUGAAGAUAAAGAUGAAAAUGAAGAAAACAAGGAAAAGGAUGAAAAGGAUAAGGAUAAAGAUCCAGUUGGUAAGAAGGAUAAGAAGAAAAAGAAGAAACAGAACAAAAAGAAAGAUACGAAAAAGUCAGCACCUGGCAAGGAUUCCUCUAGUGACUUUUCAAGUGAUUCUGGUUCAGAAUCUGAUACUUUAAAAGAAAAAGAUAAUAAAAAAUCAAAUAGUGCACAUAGCUCAAGAUCCGCAACUCCAACACCAGCAGUAACGAACACAGUUGAUCCCUUUAAGAGAAAACAAUCUGGUUCUCCUGAUUUAUCGCAAGCUAAAAAAUUAAAAUUAGAUAACUUUAAUCUAGUACCAGUAACUUCUUAUAUACCAGGAGCUAGUGAAUCUGGAAUUACUGAAGACGCAGUUAGACGAUAUUUGAUGCGUAAACCAAUGACUACGACGGAACUUUUGCAAAAGUUCAAAUCUAAAAAGACUGGUCUUACAUCUGAACAACUUGUUAACAUUAUGACUCAGAUAUUAAAGAAGAUUAAUCCUACCAAACAAACUAUUAAAAAUAAGAUGUAUUUAUCGAUCAAGGCGCAAUCGAAUUAACGAUUGGAAUAAACUAAUACUAUAUUUUUAAUAUAUGUAUAUAUUGAUAUUUAUAGUUAACAAAAAAAAAAGGAAAUAAACAAUUGUCUUAGAUAGAAA